AAUAUGUCAUGAUUACAUGCAGUCAAAGUCGCUAAUCUAGAUAUUUAUAGUGGACCUAGGUACUAGAGCGUAGGUCUUUGCGUACAGUACCUAGGUACGUUAGCGUUGACAACUAUGUACCUUAUGUAGGUAGUCAGCUCUAGCACUGCGGGGUGUGGGACGGUACCGCUUACUUAAUCACAUUUUAUACAGUACCUAGGUUGUCAGCUGGCAGCCAGCCUUUCCAACUACAGUCAAGCCUCUUCACCCACACUAAUACCUUCCUCCCUUUCUCUCAGGUUAACAUCUUUUACAUUUAUACAUCAAGGGGCAUGCAUAAUAAAGAUUCCACUUCACUUAUAGUCCCAUGCCUUAUAUAGGCAAACGAUAACGGUGAGAAUGCGAUCUUUGGCUGAUUCAACCACACGAUGGCAAGAAACACUCAAGUACAGUGCGAGCCUCGCAGAUUUACAACAGGCCAUCAAGAACAAGGGCCCCAAUAGCCCCUGUAUCUCGGGAUGCAGAUCAAUUUGCUGGAAGGCCUUCCUACUGAACCGGACCGCCGAUACUACGAACUUAUCCUCUAUUCUAUCAGAGUCGCGGAAUACAUACGCUUCUCUCAAGGAUCAGCUAUUGAAAUAUGUCAAGCAUCCGGAGCAUCUCCUAGCUGAAUCUGUCGAUCCCUUAGCAGACGAUGCUGAUUCUCCCUGGAAUACACUUCGAAAUGAUAAUGUACUCAGAGCCGAGAUACUCCAGGAUGUCCAACGUCUUCCCGAUGAGCCUUUCUAUCAUCAAGACCAUAUCCAGACGCUUGUUCUAGACGUUCUUUUCAUAUAUUGCAAACUUAAUCCAAGCAUAGGCGGAUAUCGCCAGGGAAUGCAUGAAUUAUUAGCACCUGUUGUCUAUGUUGUAGAACAAGAUGCCAUAGACCCGGGCCAUGUCUCUUCAGAUACACCGGCGGAUCCGGUGAUGGCGGAUAUGUUAAACGCCUCGUUCAUCGAGCAUGACGCUUUUAUCCUCUUCUCCAAAGUUAUGGAUCACGCCAAGUCCUUCUACGAAGUGGUCGAGACCGCAGCAAACACGCCUCUAACGACUUUCGGCCAACCCUCUCCAAUAUCUUCGAUUGUCGAACGAAGCCAGUAUAUACAUGAAGUUUGUCUAUUCAAAGUAGACCCCGAACUUUCAACACAUCUCAAGAACAUUGAAAUUUUACCACAGGUUUUCUUAAUUCGCUGGAUCCGUCUUUUAUUUAGUCGCGAAUUUCCAUUUGACCAGAUGCUCGUACUUUGGGAUACCCUAUUCUCUAUAGAUCCAUCUUUUAAAUUAAUAGACCUGGUUUGUACCGCGAUGUUGAUUAGAAUUCGCUGGAACCUCCUUAAUGCCGACUACACCGUCGCGUUACAAUUACUACUCAAAUAUCCACCCCCACAAGCGCAAUAUGGACCACAUACAUUCAUCGACGAUGCGGUUUAUCUAAGAGACCAUUUAAACCCUACAGGAGGGUCUACAUUAAUAACCAAGUAUACGGGGAAAUCACCUUCAUUGUCAUGGACUGAUUCUGGAGCAUCCACGCCAAGAACGUCGACUUCGAAUGUACGACGGAAAUUUGGUGGCGCUCGGUCGCCGCUAUCCCCUUCGCGCUUCAAACCCCCACAAGUAGGUAUGGAAGCGUUAUUUCAAGGGGCAGCUAAGGGUGUCCUUGAAAGAGGGGAGAAGCUCGGUAUCAACCAAGCAGUACGUGAUGCUAUGGUGGAGAUACGCCGUAACGUCCAAGAAGCCAAGAGCUCCAUGAAGGCGAGUAGAGAUCUCUUCGCUGAACCGGGCCCGAAUAAUAUGGCGAUACGAGCACUUGCAGUCAUGGACCGAAGGAAUAGAAGACUGGCGACAUUGCUAGACGAGCCCCUCUCUACGCUAAAGAAUCUCUCAGAUUCGGACCUAGAAGACAAACAAAAGUGCCAAGAUGCUCUUCAGGUUGCUGUUGCGAAGAUACAGUUCAUUAAGGUCUACUUGGAAGACUCUACAAUAGCCCUCCCGGAUGAAGAGGAGCCGGUGUCGUCAAUUUCAUCAUCGGGAACUCCGGUUGGUGGUGAUGGAAAAGUUGAUCCUGGACAUUUAAGCGAUGCCGUCGCGGCGAUGGCUAUUAAUACGCCCGCAGCAGUGGCCCGCACCCAAAAUGAUGAGAACACAAAACCAUUAACUGAUCUAGACCCAGAUAAAAUGGACACCGACGACCCGCUAGGCUCCGGAACGUCAGCAACACCAGUCGAGAAGAAAUUAGGGCGCCCACAAGCACCCAUACCCACGAGAUCAACCAUCGCGCAAUCAUCGUUUUCCUGGAUGCUCGAACCCGACGCCCCAUCCUCAUCUUCAUCUUCCCCAUCCCAACAACCACCCAUUUUCCCCUCUCAGCUACCAUCUUCAUCGACCAGUAACCUCCAUCGCAAAAGACCAUCCGCUAACGCCAACCGCGAGCGCACGGCCUUCCUUUUCGGCGAGGUAUCAGCAGAUGAAGGAGGUCAAGGCGUUCGGUCUGAGGACAUUUUUGGUUUGGAAGAAAUUCGGAAGACGAAGGAUUGAUUAAUGCCUCUCAUAGUAUGGAGUCCAUGGUUGCUUGCGAUCGGCAUUUGUUAUAUGUAAUAUGAUUUAUGUAGUUAUGUUGUUAUACGAGUAUGAACAUAUUUCUCUAUGCAUCUAAACUCAUGCCAUCUCUAGUGCGAGAGCAUAAUAAUUAAGAGUACCUACCUCACACCUAGGUAUUUAUCUCAUUCCAUGGCG